AUUCUUGCUGUAUUUAUGCAACAAUGGCAUAUGUCUGUGGCUACCAGAGACUGGCAAUCGUAUCGCUAUUUUUGUGGCAGAAAAUGGGGGCACGCCAGCAACAUUCUGUCACAUUGUUCAGAACUAUGAUAGUCCAAGAAACAAGACUGCUACUUAUAAAAAUGGACCAGACUCGAUUUUCGGCAGUAUUAUUAGAAUAGAUAGUGACAUACAGUCACAUGAGGAAUGUAAAUCGGAAGUGAGCGAUAGAGUUUUCAUCACAAUGCUCGUCAUAUCAUCAUGUAUGACACUCACACUGGUUUUUAUGAGUUUACUCAUGAAUUUUGUUCCAAAGAAAGCAGUGCUGUGUGUGUCAAUUUUCGCUGCAUCAGUUGUUACAUUCCUUCUCACUUUUACUGAGGGUACAUACAUUCUUAUGGUUGAAAUGGGAGCUAUGAUGAUGUUCACUGGAGCGUCGAUACCAGUCAUAACCAAUCUAGUAGUCGAUGUCUUCCCAACAAAUUUCAGAGCAAUGGCGGUCUGUCUUACUUUAAUGUCAGCUCGACUUGGUACGAUUACCGCAAACCAAAUCUGUGGUGCUCUUCUUGAUUCACAUUGCGUAGUUAUCCUUUGGAUUCUGAUAGCUUCUCUCAUAGUGAGUACCAUCAUCAGUUUUACUUUGCCCACAACUAAAAAAGUGACUAACUGAGAGGACAGCUACGAAGAAUUCGAGGGAUAAGACUGAAUUUUGGAUGAUGAAGAAUCUUGGAUGAUCAGAGCUGCAUAAUCUUCAAAUAUUAUUUCCGGAAUUUGUUCCAUUCCCAAUGCUUCACCCUAGAUUGUCGACAAUAAAAAACUUGAGGUUUAUUUGAAA